CGAACUUGGGAUUAGGAGAUGACCUUUAUUUAUCAGCACAAGGAUAUAAAAAUCACCCAUUUAACAAUAUUACAAUCGGAUGUUUUAAUGCAGUGCUACAAUUCUCUCAGAACCUGAAUUUUGCUGAAUGUAUAAAUCUUCCAGCAAUCAUACCACUUAUUGAUAAGAAAUAUUUUGAUGCAAUUGAAAAUUUUCUGAAUGAUCCCAUAAAAUAUUUCCAAAUUUUAGAACCUGCACUUACAAAUCUUUCAACAAAUUUUUGUAAUUUUCCAAAAUGUAAUGAUAGUUUCAUUCAAUCUUAUGUUCAAUCUAUUUUUAAAGCAUGUUCAACAGACCUCCUAAAUCAGAAUUUUUUAGUACAAAUUAUUUUGCUAUUUUCGUUUUUUAUUCACCUUUGCAUGAUUCAAUAUGCUUUGAAAAUAAACAAAGCAUUUUCUGUUAUUGAUCCAAAAACUGGAACAAUAUUGUCUCCAUCGAAUACUUCUGCCACUGGCACUAAUUCUCUACCUACAUCGCCUACAAUCACCUAG